AUGACUACAGCCAAGGAGCAAAAUGCAUCAGGGAAACAAGCCCAACAACAAGAACAGGAGCUGGUGGGGAGUAAUCCUCCUCAAAGAAACUGGAAAGGAAUUGCAAUUGCCUUGCUUGUUAUUCUUGUUAUCUGCUCUCUGAUUGUCACCUCUGUUAUACUCCUGACACCAGUUGAAGAUAACAGCUUGUCUCAGAAGAAGAAGAUAACAGUGGAAGAUCUCUUCAGUGAUGAUUUCAAAAUUCAUGACCCAGAGGCUAAAUGGAUAACUGAAAAUGAAUUCAUUUAUAGAAACCAGAAUGGCACAGUGAUUCUGAGGAAUGUCGAAACUAACAAUUCAACAAUAUUAAUAGAAAACAAAAAAAUUGUCUCCUUAAAGGCUAUCCGAUAUGAAGUGUCACCUGACCGGGAAUAUGCACUUUUUGCUUUUAAUGUUGAACCAGUGUAUCAGCAUUCAUAUACGGCAUAUUAUGUCCUCAGCAAAAUACCUCAUGGGGAUCCCCAGAAUUUGUAUCCCCCUGAGGUCAGCAAUGCAAAGCUUCAGUAUGCUGGUUGGGGUCCAAAAGGGCAACAGCUGAUAUUUAUCUUUGAGAAUAACAUCUAUUACUGUGCCCAUGUGGGGAAACAAGCCAUCCGAGUGGUCUCCACAGGAAAGGAAGGUGUUAUUUUCAAUGGGCUCAGCGACUGGCUGUACGAAGAGGAGAUCUUGAAGACUCAUAUUGCUCAUUGGUGGUCUCCUGAUGGCACCAGGUUAGCAUAUGCAACAAUUAAUGCCUCCAGAGUCCCCACCAUGGAGAUCCCGGUAUACACCGGCAGCCUUUACCCUACGGUUAAAACAUACCAUUAUCCAAAGGCUGGAAUGGAAAAUCCAACUAUUUCUUUGCAUGUGAUUGGUCUGAACGGACCUACCCAUGACCUGGAAAUGACUCCCCCCGACGAUCAGAGAAUGAGGGACUACUAUAUAACCAUGGUGAAAUGGGCAACCAGCACCAAGGUGGCAGUAAACUGGCUGAACAGGGCCCAGAACGUGUCUAUCCUGACGCUGUGCGACGCCACCACGGGAGUCUGCACAAAGAAACAUGAAGAUGAAAGUGAAGGCUGGCUGCACAGACAGAAUGAAGAGCCAAUUUUUUCCAAGAACGGUCGGAAGUUUUUCUUUGUCCGAGCCAUUCCCCAGGGAGGACGCGGGAAGUUCUACCACAUCGCCAUGUCAUCAUCACAGCCCAAUAGUAGCAGCGAUACCUUACAGUCUAUUACAUCUGGUGAUUGGGAUGUGACAAAGAUAUUGGCAUACGAUGAAAAGAGGCAUAAAAUUUAUUUCCACAGCACAGAAGAUUUGCCAAGAAGGCGACAUUUAUACAGCGCAAGCACAAAUGGAAACUUCAACAGGCAGUGUCUGUCUUGUGAUCUGAUUGAAAACUGUACUUAUUUCAGUGCGUCCUUCAGUCACAAUCUGGAAUACUUCCUACUGACAUGUGAAGGUCCCCGAGUCCCGAUGGUGACUGUUCACAACACAACUGAUGCACAGAAAAUUUUUGAGCUGGAGGUAAAUGAAAAUGUGCAGCUGACGGUAAAUGACAGGCAAAUGCCUAAGGUAGAAUACAUGGAAAUCAAGAUAGAUGAUUACAAAUUGCCAAUGCAGAUCUUAAAGCCAGCAACCUUUUCGGACACUGCGCACUACCCCUUGCUUUUGAUUGUAGAUGGGACGCCUGGCAGCCAGAUUGUAACAGAGAGAUUUGAGGUGACGUGGGAAAGCGUCAUGGUCAGCUCUCACAACACCAUCGUGCUGAAGUUCGACGGCCGCGGGAGUGGCUUCCAAGGCACUAAGCUAUUGCAUGAGGUUAAGAGGAGGCUGGGCCUUUUGGAAGAGAAGGAUCAGUUGGAAGCUGUCCGGACAAUGCUGAAGGAGCAUUACAUUGAUAAAAUGCGAGUCGGUGUGUUUGGGAAGGAUUAUGGCGGCUACCUGAGCACUUACAUGCUUCCAGCUGGCGAAGAGAACCAGGUGUUCGCCUGUGGAGCUGCUCUUUCCCCACUGACAGACUUCAAACUAUAUGCUUCAGCCUUUUCUGAAAGAUAUUUGGGCUUGCAUGGGAUUGAUAACAGAGCAUACGAGAUCACCAAAUUAGCACACAGAGUCUCAUUACUGAAGGAACAGACAUUUUUGAUCAUUCAUGCUACUGCUGAUGAAAAAAUCCAUUUUCAGCAUACUGCCGACCUUAUCACACACCUAAUUAGGGCAAAGGCUAAUUACAGCUUGCAGAUUUACCCCGAUGAAAGCCAUUACUUUAACAAUGCAGCAUUGGAGCAGCAUUUGUACAACUCCAUUGUCAACUUCUUUGUAGCAUGUUUCCAAGUUCAGGACAAACUCCUGAUAGCCCCACUGAAAGAGGAGGAGGACGACGAUUAA